AUGAAUCCCGUCACGUCUCUGACCGCAUCGGCCUCGGCCGCGGUCCUGCUCGGGAAGCUUGGGAACCUCAAGCGGCCACAGACACCCGUCGUCGACAAGACGAAUCCAUUCAUCGGGUACUUCCACAAGGGCUCGGCGCCGCCACCGCCGCCGCACCGGCUGCACCACGCGCCGCGCCCAAAGCAUGCGCCCAACAAGCAGUACCACGCCCACCAGCGCUUCGCCGAGUAUCUGAGCACGUCGUCGUCGCGCCACUACGAGCCCAAGAGCACAAACAACAAGCACCACACGAACAACGCCCGCAGCAAGUUGCUUGAGCAGCACUCGACCACGUCGUCGACGACCAGCACGGCGCCAUCGUCGGCGUCGCCUUCGCCCAUGCUGGACGCGCCCUUCUCCCGCCGCAACAGCAGCGUCGACCUUGCCCGCGCCGGCGACCGGCCCGUCGCCCCGGCGCCGUUGACGACGCUCCCGUACUUUGCCGCGCGCUUCAACCAAGACUUCAAGUCGUUGCGCGUCUUGGGGCAAGGCGGCCAAGGGUGCGUGACCGAGGUCGAGAGCAAGCUCGACCACAAGCGGUAUGCCAUCAAGAAGGUGCGUGUUCAGGCGACGACGGACGGCCGCGAGAAGAACCGCCACCUGACGCAGAGUCUCCGUGAGGUGCACUUGAUGGCCAACCUGCCGCGCCACCCCAACAUUGUGCGCUACUACACGUCAUGGCUCGAAGACGAGGCCGACGACGCGGUCGCGCCAAGCGUCGACGACGACGACGAAGCGUCCAUGGCCUCGGAAGAGUUCCUCUCGUACGACGACGCCGGUAGCUCGUGCGGCUUUGAGUUCGAGUCGGCCGAAGACUUGAUGGCCGAGCCAGCCGCGAGCGUCGAAGCGCCGACCAAGGCGCGGUCGUCGUCGCCCUCGAUCAACCUCUUUAUCCAAAUGGAGCUCUGCAAGCAAACCGAGUCGAUCUCGAACCUCGCGUCCUGGCUGCGCUCCAACAGCGACGACCGGGUCAAAACGAGCUCGGGACAUGCGAUGGCGAUGCAGCUCUUCACCGACGUGGUCCGCGGUGUCAAGCACAUCCACGCGUUUGGUGUCAUCCACCGCGACAUCAAGCCCGACAACAUUUUCCUCCAGAACGGUGUCGCCAAGAUCGGCGACUUUGGGCUCUCCAAGCACAUGCACGAAGCGACCUCGGUCGACGACAGUAAUGGCUUCUCGCCGUCGCCGUCGCUCAGCGAGAGCCCGACGACGAGAACGAGUCACACGACGGCGCUCGGCACGUUUUUGUACGCGUCGCCCGAGCAAGUCGGCCGCGGCCAAGUGCCCAAAUCGACCUUUUACUCGGAAAAGUCGGACAUUUUUGCCCUUGGCGUCAUGCUGCUCGAGCUCUGCUCGUCCUUCUCGACCAUCAUGGAGCGCGUCCAGGUGCUCACGGCGGUGCGCCACGGUGUUGUGCCGGCGGCGGCGCAGAAGGCCUUUCCGCUCGAGAUGGGCUUGGUGGCCAAGAUGACGGCCUUGGACCCGCGCGAUCGGUACGUCCAUUCGUGCUGCUGCUCGCUGGUCAUGCGGAAGUGUGUGUGCUGCUAG